AUGCCGCCGGCCAGAGACGAGUACUUGAGCAAUGUGUGGAGAGAUGGCAUUUUUGACAACAAGGUCGUCUUCUGCACUGGCGGCGCGGGCUCCAUUUGCUCCGCCCAAGUGCGCGCCCUCGUCGCCCUCGGUGCAAACGCCUGCAUCGUCGGCCGCAACGUGGAAAAGACUGAGCGCAUGGCCAAAGACAUCGCCACCGCCCGCUCCGGCUCCACCGUCAUAGGCAUCGGCGCCAUCGAUGUGCGCAAGCCCGAGCUACUCGAAGAAGCCGCAAGCCGAUGCGCCAAAGAACUCGGUGCCAUUGAUUUUGUCAUCGCGGGCGCGGCAGGCAACUUCCUGGCCCCGAUAGACCAGCUCAGUCCCAAUGCAAUGAAGAGUGUCAUGGAUAUUGACGUGCUGGGCAGCUACAACACUCUCAAGGCCACGCUUCCCUACCUGGCAGACUCGGCCGCCAGGCACAAGGCAGAUGGGCGCGCACCACACGCCAAAGGAACCGGUGGCCGAAUCAUCUUUGUGAGCGCAACUAUGCAUUAUAUGGGUAUGCCACUGCAAAGUCACGUAUCAGUCGCCAAAGCCGGUGUAGAUGCCAUGGCCGUGUCUGUCGCUAUCGAGCAGGGUCCCAAGGGCAUCACCUCCAAUGUCAUUGCCCCGGGGCCCAUUGGCGGCACAGAGGGUAUGUCACGCCUCGCCCAUCCAGAAGCCGAGAAGAAGUCGAUCAAGAGCAUUCCUCUGGGCCGAUAUGGCACCGUCAAGGAGAUUGCCGAUGCCACCGUCUACCUCUUCUCUGAUUCGGGCAACUAUGUCAACGGCGAGACACUCGUCGUCGAUGGUGGGGCCUGGCAUACCGCUGGGUUUGGCAACGCAUUCGAGUAUCCAGAUUUCCUGCUUUCUGGUCAGGAGGUGACGGGUGUGGCAGGGGGCAAGAAGCCAAAGUCGAAAUUGUAG